CUACACGAAAAAGCUAUCCACGGAAGUUACGACAACUCCUGUUUCCCAAGCUUGAUAAAUAAACAAAAGGAACUUUUAAUUCGACAUUUAUUUUACGGCCUAUUUUUGGCUGAUUCCCUGUUAAAGAAUGCAUGUUGUGAAAUAUAUUGUGUUGUCGUGAAACCUUCUGAACGGAGCCCAGGAGGCGCCAAUUGUUAUCAUUGCUGUGGCUAGCUGGUUAGCAUGGCUAACUCGACAUAUUUUAGUCGUGGGGCCACGGCGCACGAUAUGAUGGCAUGAAAACCUCCCAAUCUUAGCAACCAUCUACGCUCCCUUUCGCCGUAAGGUUGGAACUUGCAAGUCACGAAUUGAGUGUGCCGUCAGAACCGAACCCCAUUGAGAUUUGUACGCAGUCAUCAUGGCCUGGGCUCUGAAGUUGCCGCUCUCUGACGAAGUGAUUGAGUCUGGACUGGUGCAGGACUUUGAUGCCAGCCUGUCGGGCAUCGGCCAGGAGCUUGGUGCUGGGGCGUACAGCAUGAGCGACGUACUUGCCCUGCCCAUCUUCAAGCAGGAGGAGUCCAAUUUGCCUCCUGACACCGACAAGAUCCUUCCCUUCCAGUAUGUUCUGUGUGCUGCUACCUCGCCAGCUGUUAAACUGCAUGACGAAACACUCACCUACCUCAAUCAAGGGCAGUCCUAUGAAAUUAUCAUGCUUGAUAAUCGGAAAAUUGGUGAACUUCCGGAAAUCUCUGGUAAAAUGGUUAAGAGCAUCAUCCGCGUGGUGUUUCACGACCGCCGACUUCAGUACACAGAGCACCAACAGCUGGAGGGUUGGCGCUGGAACAGGCCUGGGGAUCGCAUUCUGGACCUGGAUAUCCCCAUGUCAGUUGGCAUUAUUGACCCACGGGCUAACCCCACUCAGCUUAACACUGUGGAGUUCCUAUGGGAACCGUCAAAAAGAACCUCAGUUUUUAUCCAGGUUCAUUGCAUCAGCACAGAAUUCACCAUGCGUAAACACGGCGGGGAAAAAGGGGUUCCCUUUCGCAUCCAGAUCGACACAUUCAAAGAGAAUGAGAGCAGCGAGUACACCGAGCACCUCCACUCUGCCUCCUGCCAGGUCAAAGUUUUCAAGCCUAAAGGUGCAGAUAGAAAACAGAAGACUGAUAGGGAGAAGAUGGAGAAAAGGGCACCACAGGAGAAGGAGAAAUACCAGCCCUCGUAUGAAACUACAAUCCUAACAGAGUGUUCCCCCUGGCCCGAGGUCGCCUAUGUCAACAACUCUCCAUCACCGGGCUUCAACAGUACGCAGAACAGCUUCUCAGUUUCAGAAGGAAACGGAUCACCAAACCACCAGCCUGAGCCUGUGGUUCAAGUAGUUGAUAAUUUGUUACCUGCAGCGACGCCACAAGAUGCACAACAGUGGCUUCUCCGAAACCGCUUCUCGCCUUUUUCUCGGCUCUUCACUAACUUCUCAGGAGCAGACUUGUUGAAGCUGACCAGAGAAGAUGUCAUACAGAUCUGUGGACCAGCAGACGGCAUACGACUAUUCAAUGCACUAAAAGGACGGGUGGUCCGUCCGAGGCUAACUAUCUAUGUUUGCCAGGAGUCGCAGCAGGCAAGCGAUCAGCAGACCAAACAUGAGAACGGAGAUGCCGCAAACAGCACUUUCUUUAUAUAUCAUGCCAUCUAUCUGGAGGAGCUGACUACGACUGAGCUGACAGAGAAGAUUGCCCAGCUCUUCAACAUCUCGCCCCGACAGAUCAACCAGAUCUUCAAACAGGGUCCCACUGGCAUCCACGUGCUGGUCAGCGAUGAGAUGAUUCAAAACUUCCAGGAUGAAGGUUGUUUUGUUCUGGACACGAUGAAAGACGACUCAAAUGACGGCUACCACAUCAUCCUGAAGUGAACCAGAUCUCGUCAGCCCUGUCAUCUAUCCGGUUUCACCCUCCUUGCUCUUCCUGGGUCACAUGGAGACGGCGCAGGAAGCCUCUUGAGGCUGGCUGGAGGAACACAAGGCACCUGGCCUCUUCAUGUCUUACUUUGGAGAGAGUGACUCUGUUACCACGGUGACUAAGCGUAUCACCCCUUCUCACCCUGCUGCUCUCUUCCCUUUGUCCUCCUCCUUUGCGUAUGUCUCCAGAGUUAGGCUGCUGCGACUGCUUCGUCCAGCGUGCCAAAGGGCGACGCGUCAGAAUCACUUUGCUUUCUUUAAAAUAAAAAAAUAAAUAAAUAAAGCAACAUAAAGUCCAAAACGGGAAACUUAGUCAGUGUUAAGCGAAUUCAUUGUGCUGGACUGGGAUCGAGCAACAGACUAGCGAACAGCCAGUUACAUCAGGGAAUUGAAGUGGAAGACGAAUCCAGCUAUUAACAUGGUUAACAUCUACUAGCUAGUAUACUUGCAUUAAUUCUGAUACUUUGAAUGAUGACUAAAAACUUUGUGUGCGCAAAAUGGUGGACUUAUUUACCACAGCAACAUUUCUGUUAGCCUUUCUUGGACAUUACAUUUAAAUACAUUAUUUUAAAAUAUAUUCCUCAUAAAAAAAUCCAUUACUUUCGGAGUUUUUAUCUAUGUGGGACGGCAGAGUGGGAGGAAAAAGUACAUAAAGCUUUUGGAAUUCAAUUUCUGCAUAAAUUGCUCAUAUAAUGUAGUUGGAUCAUCUAAAUCUGGUCUUUUAUUAUUGGAGCACACUACACAUAAUGAGACUUUUUUUUUUUUUUUUUCAUGUGUGGGAUCUGUCACUUAAAAUUUGAAGAAUCCUCAUGUACCAGGCCUUGGAAAGCAAUGGCUUCCUCUUUGGUGGUCUCCCAUAAACCCCAUUCUUGUUGGUUUUACAUAAAGUAGAUUUGUCAGCACUGACGUUGCCGUGUGCCGCUGAUUUUUAAAUCUUAGACUUCCCAUUGAAUUGUCAUCUGAAAACUGCAUUUUGUAUUUUCUCAUUUAUAUCAAAAUUCAUUUGUUAAUAUGAAACCUUUGUGUGUUGAUAGAUAUGAAAAAACAAGUAGAAAUCAGGAGGGGGGCAAAUACCUUUUCACGGCACUGUAUGUAGGAUCUUGAAUUCUCAAGGGUUCACAUACUUUUCUUCCCACUACCUUUUGUCAAUCUGUAAUAACUGUGGAACAUGCAGAGGGUUGACUUUUCUUUCUCAAGGGUCCACAGUCCCAAAGGCAAUACAAUAAGCAAAACAAGAACAUGAAUAGAUUCAUAAAUAACCAAUUACGUUGUCUGAAGCAGGUAUAGAGCUCAUGCACCUACAUCAUAACAUCACGUGAUUUUUGUUUGCGUCGCCAUAUUGCUGGUCAAACAAAACAUUGUUGAACGAUAAUUCUGUCGAGAUGAAACGAAAAUGUCUUAUAGCACGACACCCAGAGUUUACUCCGAUACAGAGACACUUGACAUAGAAAAUCCAGAUUUAACGCCGAAGUCGAUGUUUUCGCCGAUAAGAAAUUGGACUGUUAAUUCGCUCCCGCUUGUCUUGGACAACUGGGUAUACACAUAGUUCUGGUGAGUAUGUCGUUGAGAUUUACACAGAAAAGUUUGAAAGUGUAGAAAAGUCUGGAUACAUACAAAUACUUCGUUGCUGGAUCAGUUCUCACUCAAGAAUAAAUCCCACGUAGUGAUGGACCCACUCUGAUUGUUUCAAUACAAAUACUAAUAUUCUCUAUGGUUUUAAUUCCAAUCUGAAAUGAAAUGGUCGCGACACAGGUGUGUGUAUUUCAUUGGGCACGAUCCAUCAUGUUUAAAUUGCCGAAAUCCAUCGAUCUUUUCUGGUCUUUUCAGCUGGUAUUCCAUAGGAUGAUCUCUUUGAAGAACUGUCUCAUCUAUUGUGACAACCAACAGCACAGCAGGUCUCGGGCAUUGUGAAUAUUCUGCUCCGGUUUAAAGACUCCAGCACUGCCGAGCAGCUUUGUUCGACCGGCAAUAUGGCGCCGUGAAAACGGUGCCGAUCUCUAUAGAUGACAGUUGAAGCCUCACUUCACCAGUGGAUUUGUUUAAGUGGGGCACAUCACUUGUGUAUGACUUUUAUGUCCUCGCUGUCAUGAUCAAUUUGAUGUAUCUGUUCCUCCAUGUCAGCCUUGAUGUGUACGCAAUCUUGUUACUGUCCCCCAUGCGUCGUCUCUGAAAUACCAGCAAGAAUCAACUUUUCUAAAUAAAAAUUUUAAAAAUGACAUAUGUCCAGUAUUGUUAUAUGUGGCAUUCUUUACAGUUGAGUGAAUGAAUAACCUAUUUUGGGACAUGUUUUGGUAGUUGCGCAUUAUUUUAGAAAUAAAUGGUGCAGGGGAUAACUCCAAACAAAAAAAAAAAAAUGUUCAAACCGUCAUAAAAUACGCUUGUGCAAAUGACGUUCACAACCAGACAGCUCUGUUCAAGCUUAAUAAGUGUCCAUUUGCUCUUUCGUUUUCAAUGUCCAAGUGCCUAGCACCAGUUGCUAUGAAGAUGAACGGUUGGAUCCAUAUUUGAUCCAGGAAAAAAUUGUCACGACCUGUUU